CCACGAUCGUGGCCUACACGCACUCGCUUCACCAUUUGACGCAACCCCGUACAUUGGCAAUCCCGGCCAACUCAACCGUAAAAAUUAUCAUCGAUACCCCCUGACCGGCGCUUUAGUAUUUCGGUCUUUCAACUGCUUUGACAUCUCCCCGACUUCGGGACCGUGUCUUAGGAUGUUUACUCAUUGCUUUGAGAAGUUUCGAAUGCGUUUCUGUCAUGGCCCUUAGAUGUUACUGACUGACUAUUGGGUCUUUGAGAGGUCUCUCUAUCACCGACUUGCGGCCACUUCAGUCUCAGGCUUAUGAUCCUCUGCCCGUUUCGUUUCUACCAUUGUGGUUACAACGUUUCCAUCUCCUCAAAAACAUUACCUCCAACCGCCCCCUUUGCCUGGGUGUGAAGUUCAUUUGAUUGGGUUGUGAAGGUUGUUUGGUGGAUUGUGGUGACAGCAAAAAUUUCCGCCUCGUUCUGCCCUGCUGGGAGGGAUUGCCGCUCGGACCCGCUAUAACGGCGUCGUCUCGACUGCUUUGUGGUUUCGGGCUGUUAAGAAUUCUGGGAAAUAACCCUGCAUUUCCGGAUCCUUUCGUUGUUGCAGCCGCUGCUACUCGUUGACGGUUUUCCAUUGACAUGAUCAAUUGGGGGGGGGGCGGGUUGCUAAAUAUUUUCACGGCUUGGGGCCUUCUCCCUCCCUCUUCAAAUACAGAAUGCGUUUUCGGUGCUAUCAUUUCUUUGAUUCAUGCCUCUAUUCCUAGGUGUUUUUGCCGUGGGUAUUUUUUGGGGGAGGGGUGCUGUGGAGUUUUGCGCAACCGUCCCAUUUCGGUAUGUUGCUUCUCGAGACGACUGACUGGUGUUUUUGCCCAGGUCGGGGUAGCUUUGGAUGUCGGAAUAGGGGACCUUCGGCUCGGUUUUGGUUGAUGCAUCGAUCACUCUCGGCUUCGCAUAUAAUUCUCUGGUCGGUCGGCCCAGCAACCAUGGAUUGCACGAGGGUCUUUGGCUUGGUUUUAAGAGUUGUCUUGGAAGAGUUGCGGGGUGACAUUGGAGUUUGGUGCUAGCAAGGCACUUGGAGCUCUACUGGAUCGUUCGUGAAUUGAGUGUGGGGCUUGGAACAGCUGAGAGACCAGGAAUAUAGGUUCCAAGAGAACGAAAGUUGGGAGCUUUCUUGCAUAGAAUGUUUCCUUCGUGGAUGAAUGAUAUUUUUUGUGUAGAAGAUAUAGGAAUAAGGUUAGCUGAUGCGCUGGCUUAAGCUUUAUAUAUAUGUGCCUCCGAUCCUCUGUAAUGUAUACAGUGUAAUUAAGCCUGUGCCCUUAUUGCUUGCCCCUCUUGGGUGUCAGCGGUGUUGUCAUCGCUCCUCUUCACUCUUGUCGUCCCUGCUCCUGCUCGCACACACAUCCACUUCCCUCCGUGUGAACCUCAACCAACUCCCAACUCCCCACCUUCUAAGUCUUCUUCUUGCAACCACCACUACAUUGUGCGAAAUCGUACGAAAUCGUACGCAUAUUCGCCCAGGAGAUAUCGCUACAAGCGCUAAGUCUACCUAGAGUUGCAUUUUUAGAAAUCAUGAGUUCCGGAUUGGACUCGCCCCUCUCUUCGCUUCUAUCCUCACCCCCCGCCAGUGACGACGAGAUCAGUCCUCCCAGCCCUGUCGCAGCAGCAGUUACCAAAGGAAAAGGAAAGGCAGUAUCGAGAACGAAGCCUACUCCUAAGAAGGGUGUAAAGGGAAAGCAGCAGCAAAAGCUACCUUUCGUCCGCAAAGCCUCGACUCCUCCGCGCAAAGUCAAAAAGAAGGAGCCCCCCCAUGUACCUACACUCGCGGAUUCGCCGGAGCUGGCGUUCAUUGUCAUGUUCCGUUCUCGCUUUACAGACGCGUUCAAAGGCGUUCCCAAUCUGGGUUGUCAAGACAUUGAGCGCGGAAUCGUGGAUUCUACGCCAUCUGAGCAGGUUGAGCAACUCCUUUGCAAACUUUUGAGUUUGGUAUUGAAUAGGAAGAAACCGGUUGAGCGUGGUCAUAACCAACGUGCCUUGGAAGAAGCAGCCAACGCACAUCGAAACCAAUGGCCUGCAUCUUGGGAAGGAAAGAGCCCGUUCUCGGGAAACAAGUCUUUCGGUGACCUGGAUACAGCUCAGCGUUUGGAGAUUCUUGAAGCAUUGAUUCAUUGGAGUUUGAGUUCCUCGGAGGUCAUUCGCGGUAUCAUCAACGAUUCCUACAAGGGCAGUCGACGCGAUGAUGACCUGAACGUACCGUUAUCUGUUCAACCAUGGGGCAGAGAUGCGGACAAGCGCAGAUAUUGGUUGAUUGAAGGAAGAGACGAUACUCCCUUUAGGCUUUAUAGGGAAUCUAAUCCUGCGUUGAAGACUCAUACUUGGAUUUCUGUUGCCGGUACCAUCGAGGAGAUCCAGACGGUCGCCAAGGAGCUUGAGGAAGAGGAUGGUUCUAAACAUGCAUUGGCCUUGAAAGAGAAGAUCAUUGGUGCCAUACCUCGCUUUGAGGAAGGCGAAACCAGGCGCAAGAAGCGAGAAUAUCGUGCUUCCAGGAAAGCGUUCUUCAAUCAGCCUAGUGGGGUCUCACUCUACGAAGGCCGUACUCGUGGGAAGCGCAUCAGAUACAAUUUCUCCACUGACGAGGAGGGUACGAAAGAGACAUCUGAACAGGAUGACAGUCGUUCUAGGCGUAGUGCACGUUCCAACAAAGGAUCUCCUGCCCCACAACCGCUGCCGCAACCCGAGGUCCCAAUAUUCACUGCAUCUGGAAGGCAGAUUCGCAAACCGGUCACCGGUGAUUAUGGCGAGGUGAAAAUCAACGGUAGCAAUGGAACUGCCGUCGGGAGCCGCGGUACUCCCUUCGGAAGCGAGAAUGGGGAUUACAAUAAUCGUGGACUUCCACUUGUCGGCGUUGUCGUAUACAAGGGUGAUGAUGGGGAUGAUAAUGAGGGAGACGACGAACGAGAGGAGUCUGAAGAUGAAGCUGGCUGGGGAUCUGGGCCGGGUGGAGUGGAGGAUGAGGAUGCCCCGAGAAAGUCUCUUAGGAUCGUAUUCAAAAUUCCCAAAGCUCCUGGUCCAGCCGAUGGUGCUUCUCCCGCUGCCGGGAACAAUGGUGUUGUAUCUCCAAGCAAAGCUCACCAAAUCGUUCGUGUCGCUGGAGGAGAGCCAACCCCGACUCAUACUCCAGUUCCUCACGGCAAUGGCCUCAAAGCCAACGGAGUGCACAAAAGGGACGCCGAAGAUGUCACCAUGAGUGAUAUUGAGCCGAUCAAGGAAGUCAAUCCCGCCGUAAAUGGUGCAAAGCCACCUGUCGAUCAGAAAAAGGGCCUUUCGGUCUAACUCGAUCAACUGUCUAUUUAUCAAAAGUCCUACGCCUUAUCUUUACGUUUUUCGCUGCUGCACCUAACGAUCGGGAAAGGUGGUCGAGUCUUUCGAAGUGCAUGCAUACCAUAAACUGUACGAUAACUAUUUUCCUUUUUUCUUCCCUUUACCAUGAUCAUAGCUAGCAUUUCGAAAAAUCGGUAUGGUACGGGGUGGGAUUAAAAUAUUGAUCUGGGGUUUCUGUUUUGUUCUUUCUCUACCUUGCUACUAGUUUCUACUUCUUCCCUGCCCGUAUUACCUCGCGCAUUCCAUUGACCUUCGAGCUCUAGUGAGCGGGUAGGUGAUGUUUUUGAUUACAAGUGUCGGCGGGUAUAAGUUAGGGGCGUAACAUAUUUGCACUAUGGUGGAUUAUGGACGAAGCGCGUUUGGUAUAUGAUAGGAAAGGAGGAAGGGGGGAGGGGUGAGUUAUGAUACAAGUUAUCGCUACAAGCUUUUUUUAUUUUUAUAUUCGUGUAAGAUCGUGUUUUUUUUUUCUUUGUAGCCUGGCUGGCAAAUACAUAGAUAAAGGCGUCUAUCAUGAGGAGAGCUGAAGAUUGAGAGGAAGCGAAGGCAAGGGGGUGAAGAGUGAGGGAAGUCCGGGACACCUGCUAGAUUAGUUUACAAUACUUUAACUUAAUGUUUCACCGA